UUUAUUUCUGGUUAUGUUUCAAGCUCACUUUUUUUCAAUUUUUGAAACGUAAAGAGACAAACUGAGAUAGAGAGAGAGUGUGUAAGUAACAUUUAAUGGUAAUUUGAUUGUUGAAGAUUCAAAUUGUUUCUGCCUUCAAUAUUAUAUGCAAAAUAGACAAGAAGUUUUUCAGAACGGCAAAUUAAUGUUUUUUAAAUCCCUUUUGUUUGGUAUUUAACGUUCUAUUAGGGCAAAACUUUUCUUGUAAUGGGAAGUUUUUAAAGAAAUGGUCUUUGAAUCUAUGUUUAAACUAAGUUUAUGCUUUUUAAUUUAGUUGUCGCAUACAUAGAAUUUAUUUGUGAUAAAUUUUUGUAGUUGGUAGGAAAUUUUUUAUGAGUGAUAGCUUAGUUGAUAAAGAUUUUGGAAGUUGUUGUCUAAGAUCGAAUCCUUGCUGCAUCAAAUUUAUUGUAAAGAUUUACUCUCACAUAAAGCUAAACUUCAAUAGAAAUGGCCACCUGAUUGUAUCAGUAGUUAGGGAUUUCGCUCGCUUUUGAAAGGAUGUAAGAUCUAAGUCAUCUGAUCAUUAAUAUUUCGCUCAAUUUUUAUUUUUUGGGAAAUUAGAGGCGGCGCCCGAACACACACAACACAUAUGCGAGACUCGAACUCAGGACCUCUUAGUUGGGAGAUAAACUCCCAACCAACAAACCAAUGAGAGCUACGCGUUCGCUCAAUAUUCUAAAGAAGACUCUUGUAGAUUUCUUUUUUUGUUGGAUGCUAUUUCGAGAUUUUCCUUUUGUAUGAGCAUCCUAAACAAUUGUGCAACCUGCGGUGGGCAGCCCUGCUUCCCUCUAAAAGGAACAGGAAUUCAGGAAUCAAAUCAAAAUUAUCCAAAAUCUCUUCCAUUGCAUGGAACCCAUGCGAAGAAACCAUUACAGCCAAAUUCUACAAUAAAUAGAACUUCACCAACCAUGACAAUCAAUGGAGAAGCUGCUUCUUUACCAGAGGAAUUCAUUAGUAAAUUUCCAGAUGCAAGUUUUAUGAGCAAGAAACAAGGAAUUGAAGAGCUUUCUCAGCUUCUCACUAAGAAUGACUACAGUAAACAUUCUAUGGAGUUUGAGCCCUUUUUCAUGGGACCUUUCAUGGAGUUUGAGAACGAAAAAAUCAGCUCAACAGCCAUGAAAGAAGAUAAGAAAGCUGUGCUAGCUGUAUCUGUUUCUUCUGCUUUGAAGCUUGAUGAAAGGCAAGUUAGUUUAAUUGCUCGUAAAGUGAAGAGGCUUACUGGUUUUACAAAUUUGAAGUUGGAGAAUACUAUAGAUCCCACACUUAUUGCUGGAUUUGUGAUCAGCUAUGGUGAUGAUGGAUCCAAUAUUAUUGACCUCAGUGUGAAGGGUCAGCUGGCUAAUUUGGCUUCCCAGGUUGAAUCUUUGGAUAAAUGGAUUCCUAGCCAUGAUGAGAGAUGAGUUUUGCUUGUUGUAUGCUUUGUUUGAGUUGUAAGUUUUGGCCCCAAGAAGCUCUGAGUAUUUUUUCUUCUUUAGAGGAGAAAGGAAGAUGAAGUAUCAAGACCUCCAUGUUUUAUACAAAGUAAGAAGAUGAAUUCAUUGCAUGGCUUGACAUAAACUGUUCAUGUUCAUCAUGAUUAUUUCUCUUCUUCUUUUAUUUCAUAUCUACAUUUCUAAGAUAA